CUCGCAACACCUUCACCACUCGCCCAUCAUGUCCAGCAGGAGAUACGAUGGUCGCACAACGACCUUCUCGCCCGAAGGUCGUCUCUUCCAGGUCGAAUAUGCAAUGGAGGCCAUCUCUCACGCAGGUACAGUCAUUGGAAUUCUCGCAAAGGAUGGUGUCAUCCUAGCUGCCGAGAAAAAGGUCACCGGAAAGCUAUUCGAGCAGGACAAGAGUUCAGAGAAGAUUUACGUUCUCGGAGAUAACAUCUUGGGAGGCUUCGCAGGUGUGACGUCGGACGCCAAUACACUCGUCAACUAUGCCCGCAACACCUGCCAGAAUGUGCUGCUGAAGUACGAUGAUGACAUUCCAGUCGAGCAUCUGACACAAUACAUGUGUGAUCUAAAGCAAGGCUACACUCAAUACGGAGGUCUCCGACCCUUUGGCGUCUCGAUCCUCUACGCAGGCUGGGAUGCCCACCACUCCUUCCAGCUGUACCACUCUGACCCUUCAGGCAACUACUCCGGAUGGAAAGCCACCUGCAUUGGAUCCAACAAUGGUACUGCGACCAGCUUGCUCAAGCAGGAUUACAAGGAGGGAUGCACCACGCAGGAGGCAAUGAGUUUGGCGUGCAAGGUAUUGAGCAAGACGAUGGAUUCGACGGCUCUGGAUAGCGAGAAGAUCGAGUUCGCCCACCUCACUCUCUCUACACGGACUGGCAAACCACAGCCGCGAAUCUUCACAGCAGAAGAGAUCGACCGGCUGUUAGAGCGAGAGGGCCUAGCCAAGCCCAAGGACGAGGAGGACGUGGUAGCAGGAGCCGGCGGUGCGACAGAUGGAACAGCAGCUCAGGCAGCAGGCAGCAUGAGCGGAACCACUGGAGCCCCGAGUGGAGCUGGAAGUGGGACUGGCAGUGGAGGACAGGCAGGGAGUGGUGGUGAGGGAAUGAAUCUGGAUUGAGGGUUAGAGGUAGAUGAAAUAGCAAAGGCUUUUUGGGCUGUCAUUUGCAGCGUGCGGUCGGUCGAAGAGGAAGCAGUCAAUCGUGCUUCGCGUGGG